AUGCUCAAGCUAAUGAACCGCCAGGAUGAGCAGCUCAUCCGCAGUUAUGAGCCAUCACAAAGCACAGUUUGUGGUGACCUUCAAAUGAAGUACAUGAACAGGUACCUAAACAAGGCUGAAGUGAAGAAGGCGCUUCACAUUGAUUCGCGAUCACCUAGGUGGAUCCCUUGUGGCUUGAUCCAGUACGGCAUGGAGUUUUCCAGUAUGAAGUCACAGGUGAAGCGUAUGGUCGACGGUGGACUAAAGGUCUUUAUCUUCCACGGUGACUUUGACAUGUUGUGCAACUUUCUAGGCGGUCAAUGGUUUACCGACGACCUUGGCUUUCGCAUCACCAAAAGCACCCACCCAUGGACAACGCCCAGAGGGGAAACGGCCGGUUUUGUUAAGUACUACGAGAAGGGUCUUGUCUUUACGACUGUUUUCGGCGCCGGACACAUGGUUCCCCAGGACAAGGGAGAGGCCGCUUUGAAAAUUGUCAAUACUCUCAUUAGCAACAGUACUGUAUUUGAAUAG